AUGAGCGGCGAGGAGUUACAAGCAGUGACUCUGGACAAGAAAUCAGGUCAAUGGGGUAAUAGACAGGAAUCUGGCGACUCCAGUGCAUUACGUCAGCUCCUCACGCAUGUCCCGGAUAUAGUGAUCAACUGUGAUCAUAAGAAGGCAAUGCCGCGUGUAAAACACAUGGUGGGCGUGUGUAUGUUUGCUGAUAUAUCAGGAUUUACCUCACUCUGCGAAACAUACAGUCUGAAGGCAUCUGAGGCUGAGUCCUGUGGCACAGACAAACUCACCUUCACACUCAAUACUUAUCUGGGGAAAAUAAUCGAAGAUAUUCUUAAACAUGGCGGCGACGUCUUGAAAUUUGCAGGGGAUGCACUGCUUGCCUUGUGGAAAGCAGAGUACGGAGGAAACUCAGACGAUCUGACUCUGUUAAUCAACAAAGCUAUUAUUUGCAGUAUAGCCAUUCAAGAAGAAUGCGACAACUACAUGACAGAUGUUGGCGUCCUUCUUCGGGUUAAAAUCGCUCUGUCUGUUGGCAAAAUGCAAAUCACGCACGUCGGAGUUACGGAAAGCAAGCACUUCGAUCUCUCCGGGUCAGCGGUUUCGGAUGUAAAUGCGGCGGAGAAGUGGGCAGAGCCUGGGUCGAUAAUAUUGUCACGUUUGGCUUUUUCGAAUUGUGAUCAGUCUUUGUUUUUGUUUGAAACGAUAGACAACGGAAUGUACUACAGGGUGACGGGAGCGAGAGUUGAAGAAGAAUCCGCAACAGUGUCCACAGUACACCCAACCGGUGUUCAACUAGCAUUGAUGUCUGGCGUGCUGUCCACAGGAGCUGUGCUCACUUCAACGCCAUCUGUGGCUAAAAGAAUAUUUGCACCUCAUGUUGGCACACUGCUAUCACGAUACUAUCCACAAAUGAAGCUUCCCAGAAUAUACCGGAAAAAGGGACAGUCCGAACAGAAAGAACAGAUCUGUAAAACCACUGGAAAUCUUUUGAAAAGCGAUAGCUGUCAUGAUCCCGAUCAUCGAACUUACAUUUACAGCAAGCUUAAUGAUCAGGAUAUUGAAGAUCUCCGAGCCUAUGUGCCCAAAACUGUGCUAUCAAGGAUUGAUCAUGGACAGGAUCUAGAAUGGUUAUCCGAAAUGCGGCAGGUCUCAGUGCUAUUCAUAAAUAUGGACCUGCCCAUAAAAGGAAAUUCUCAUUCGUGGGCCCUUCAGAGGGCGUUUGAGGUCAUUCAUGAAUGCGCAAGGAGACUUAGAGGCAAUCUCAACAAAGUCUUCUCUUUCGACAAGGGCUGUACAUUUAUCGUGAUAUUUGGUCUGCCCGGUGAUAAGCACGAGGAUGACCCAACGAGGGCCCUCAAAGCUGGACACAGAAUAAUGGACAGUCUUCACCAGAUUAUGGAUAUCACUAACGAGUCCAUCGGUGUAACUACAGGACGUGCGUUCUGUGGUGUGAUUGGUCACAGAGACAGACACGAGUAUACAGUCAUUGGCCGUAAAGUCAACAUGGCUGCCAGGCUAAUGGUGAACUAUCCAGGAACCCUGUCGUGUGAUGACGACACUUACAGAUCAGGGAAGUCUAAGUUGAAGAAAGAGGAUUUCGUGGUCUUGCCUUUCAUAAAAUUGAAAGGUGUGGCUGAUCCUGGAACAGUCCGAGAAUACAAUAGUCAUCACGACCGAGAAGAAGAAGAAGAGGAAUAUGAUUACCCAAUCCUCGGACGAGGCAAAGAGAUAGAGGAGAUGAAAACGCUUCUUCAUGCCAUUAAAUGUGACGAUACCCGUGUAGGUGGCAGCAGGAGAGUUGUGGUGAUCGAAGGUGAAGGAGGAGUUGGAAAAACAAGAUUGCUCGAGGCAUUUAUGGACAUUGCAGAGGAGGAAGACUUUAAGGUGGAUUACGUCGAGGCUGACAUGGCGCAUGCCCACACUCCUUAUCACGUUGUUAAGACUCUUAUUGAGAACCUAUUGGAACUGGAAGCCUGCCGCACGGCUUCAGAAAAGGAAAAUACUCUCAUGGAGCACAUUACUGAUCAAAAGCUGCGAGAAAAGAUGUUUCUGUUGAAUGACCUACUUGGCACACACAUACCACCGAAUGUUGACUUCGCUCGUAUGGACUCAGAUAAAGUAACUACACAAUUUCACACCCUUCUAUUUGAAAUUGUCCAUCAGUUUGCAGUGAGUCAGCCGUGUCUGUUUACCGUGGACAACGCUCAGUUUAUAGAUCAGGAAUCUUGGGACUUUAUUGAAGAUUUAUCAGCGGAUUCACACGCUAUAUUGGUGCUGUCACUCAGGCCUUUCUCAUCAUCCAACCCACCGUGUGAGGCGGCCAUCAGACUCAUUGGACAUGAAACCACUAAGAAAGUCAAACUUGGUGGCUUGGAAGCCUCUUACAUGAGUGACUUAGCCUGUCAGUUCAUGGACGUCAUGUACAUUCCUAAUGAACUGGACGGAAUCUUACGUGAGAAGAGUCACGGCAUUGCUUCUUGGUGUGAACAGCUUAUUAAAGACAUGCUGACGAGUAAUGUUAUACAGGUUGUCAACGAGAGUCAAGCUUUUCUCAACAAAGAGUCUAGCUUGGACUUACUCUCCUUCGGUGGCUCUACCACGACCACUAUUUCACAAAAACACAACAAUGCAUCGAGUUAUUUACCUCGUCCCAGUACCCCGUUAUAUGGAAAGGCAACUGAUGGAGGAUGGUUAGGAGCAAACAGUCCAGAACCUAGACGAAGAAGUCUCACUCCAGGCAAAGGAUUUGCAUCAAACACUUUAAGCUCUGAUCUGAAAUCAAACAGAACGUCUCGUUAUUUCCCUGAAGAUGACUUUAUUCAGGAGAAAAUUCAAUAUAAUUUGGAGCGAGCUAAUUUUGUCAGCGCCUCCGAAAAUUCAAUGCCAUUAGACACAAAAAAGGUUUGCAUUCUCAGUCCAGGCGUUGAUAUUUCGAAGAUAGUUGUUCCAGAAUCCGUCAAAGACAUGGUGCUUGCUCGAGUGGAUAGAAUGUUGCCUCAAGAGCAAGCCACUUUAAAGUGUGCCAGCGUCUUGGGCUGUGACUUUUAUAGAAACGUUCUGCAAGCAAUUUUACCAAGAUCUUCUCGAAGCUGCAUCGAUUUGGUUUUGUACAACCUUGCUCAAGAGUCUAUUUUAGAGUGUGCAAGCUUAGCUUUACAACACCAAAAUGCCCAUAACCAUCACGGAUUCUACGAUUUCAACGAUCCCGUGCAUGCGCAACAUCAUGGUCAUCAUCACCAUCAUCACCAUCACCACAAUGUUGCGAGCUCUAUCCAUGCAUCAGUCUAUUGUGGCUGUUAUGCAGACGAGAUGACCAAAGUGAUCAACUUGUCACGACUCAUGACCCCAAGUGGUCCUAAGAAGCAUUGCCUGUAUAUGAAAUUUGUGAACACCUACGUGCAAGAGACAACGUACUCUCUUUGGCUUGAAGAUCAGAAGAAAGAGCUUCACGAAAGAGCUGCCAUGUUCCUCGAAUCACAGGCUCACAAAUGUAAAUCUUGUGGCGGAGGAGGAUUUGUGGCCAAAAAAGCCGAUACUUUGGAGGAGCAAGGGGGUCAGGGAAAGCGCAUGACAGAAGCUUCGUCAGGAAGAUCACAAGCAAGAGUUUCUUCCAAGAUGGCGAAGCGUAGGAGGACAGCAGAGAUGAGGGAGAAGGUGCAAAGUCAAGGAGCGUUUUCUUCGCGUACCCAUGAAAGAUCGUCUGACAUCUCUGAGGCAAAACAUGCUUUGAAGACGAAAAAACUUAAAGAAUCUCCAGUGGUGAACCAAAAAGCUGGAGAAACGGAAGGUAUUGGUAGUAAAUUUGCCAAUACUGCAGGGUUUUUCAACGAUGCUGUCGUUAAUCGGGCAGUUGAUGAUCACAGGACCAGUUGGUUGCAAAGACUUCCCUGUGCUAAAAAAUUUGUAAGCCCUGGUAAAGAAGAUGGAGAGCAAGAUGAAGGUGUCACAAGGAAGAAAAAAUUGAGACGAUUCUCUUCAAAGAAAAACUCCACUAUGAUAGGAGGGCCUGAAACAAGGCGAUUUUCGACUCCACAAAUAGAAGAGGAAGAAGGAGAAGAAGAAUGUGUUGAUAUCGACUUCGAAGAUUCAGCAGAGUCACAACAGACUGUAAUUGACCUUAGCAACUGUCAAUGUGCCGAGGUGCUUGCUUCGGUCUUCCCUCAACUUGUUGAUCACUGGAGAGCGGCUGGAAACAAGCUAAAAACAAUGCGUUACCUGACCGAGUCUGGGGCGGCAGCAUUGGCCACUUCUUCUAACAUGCAAGCGUUAUCUUAUCUGUAUGAAGUGCAAACCUUGAUUGAAGAGACAAAGGAUGACGAGGAGCCUCUGGCAGCUGAAGAAGAAACUGCUCGUGUGGAAAGUCUUAUUGGUCAGGCAUUGAUUCAUAUGAAUCGACCUCAUGAGGCUCUGAGGCAUUUGUCAGCGGCGCUGCUCAUUCUGGGAAAGAAACAACCCAAGACGGAUUUUGGAUGUUAUGUGAGGCUUUUGAAGGAAGCAUUACGUCAUUAUUUGCACGUGUUUUUGCCCGGCUACUACAUAGGAGAAGCGGGUGACAAAUCAGCUCGAUUGAUUGAACAGUCUCGAUGCCUGAGCCACCUGAGUCACGUGUAUCACUCCCUUCACCUGAAGAAGUGGUCACUGAUGGCUGCUCUUCAAGAAUUGAACGCCGCUGAGGAGGCUGAAGAGAACCUUCACGAGCUUAUCAACGCAUAUGCAGGAGUUGUUGAGUGUUCUCAUCUCGUUGGCUGGAAAGGCUGGGGAAAAACCUAUGAGAAAAUUGGAAAGAACAGAUGCGAAGAUCCGUCUUUGUAUUCAGAUCCAGAAGAUAUGAUGACAGUGGCUCAUCUGUACUGUGUAAGCCUCGCUUUCAGACUGGCUAUUGGGGGAGUGUCGAUAGCUAUAAACUCAGGAAAACACGCUUUUGACCUUGCAAAACAAGUUCAUGAUCAGCAUAUGAUGACAACCUGCAUUCCUCUGCUUGCUCAGAGUCUCCUUUUCACAGCAAAGAUUCCUGACUGCAUUGAUGUUCUAAAGGAGCUUAAUGCGGCAGCAUUGGAUUCCUGUGACUCACAUGGCCGAGCGCUGUACAUGUGCUGCUGCUUUGAUUUGAUCCUAGAGGCAGGUUGGCGACUGGAAGAUUUUGACGAAAUCGUUCAAUUUACGGCAAAAAUGUCCACUGACCCAGCCUUUUCUUCUGAUGUAGCGCCGAAGUUUUACCUGAACGUUUCUCUUGCUCUUUGGUAUGCUCGACGGCGCGACUGGAAGAAUGCUGAUUUUUUAAUGUCAUCUGCUUCUGCUGUAGUGCCAUCCAAGCUCGAGGUAUUUAUGUCAGUGCACGGAUAUGCUAAGGUUGUGGAGUUUUGGUUGCUGAAACUUCAGGAGGAUGGUAAAAACCGACAAAAUGAGGAUGAAGUGCAAAAGUGCCUGAAGAAAUUCAAGAAUGCUCUUAACCAUCACCCAGUGUUUGAUGGUCGAAGACUUCACUUACUUGCGUACUACCAUCUCCUUCGAGGCAAAAAGGACAAGUGCAAAUCAAAGCUUCGCAAGUGCUUUAACAAGAGCAAGAAUCUUGGUCUGUGGCUCGAGGUCGAAUGGGCCAACAAGAGUUUCAAGGAAUGGUUCAUUAGCUGGAAGGAAUCGGAGCCAAAUUACCUUGGAACAUCUAUGUUCACUUUGCCAAAACCGAAAAAAGAUUAA